AUCUCCGUUGCCGCUCUACCAUGUAGCACCUCCUCAGCGUCACCGUUGUUCCCAGCACUACACUUUCCCCCAAGACACGGACUGGCUCUUGGUCUCCCCUUGAUCAAUCCACGAAAAGGGCAUUGUUGGGUUGGGGAGCGUACCCCCGCCACGGCAGUGAACAGCCUGCUACAUAAGUGUUAGUCACCGCCGAUGAUCCGAUUAUGCCUUGGGACAAGCACAUGAACUCUCGGCGCCACCGUCACCCAUGCGACCCUUGAAUGCGUUGAAACCUCAGUUGAUGUUCAGUUGUCAGUUGAUCAAGGGCGCAGAGGGGUGCCGAGGGGCCGAGGGGCUGGGAGGCUUUUGUUACACAAGAUGCGUGGCCGCUCGGACCUCUUUCGCCGCCACCCAACCGCGUUCGGGCGCGGGCCGACUUGCAACGCUGUCCAGAGUAUGCAGCCUGUCCAUGCCGUCCAGCACAUGCAACACAGCUGCACUCCCACCCAACUCCGGCCACUCCACCACGAUCCACCAUCCGCUCACUGCAACGCCCCCUCCCUCCACUCACCAAGCAUCUCUCUUCCGCCCAACUCGCAUCUCUGGCCAUCACCUACCUCCCACCCACUCAUUCUUUACGCACAAUGGCCGGCAACCGCGCAGUCUCAAAAGUUACCAUGCAGGAGCUCAAGCUCCGGCGACUCGUCGAGAACAACCUCCGCCUCCGCGACGAGCUCUCCCGCCCACGCACUAUGGUUUCACUUGCCAGCCUCAAGUGAGCCAUAGAACCUUGCUUCGCUGACUCAAGCCUGAUCAACUACUGUUCCGAGACGCGCGACCCUCUCGUACGCACCUGCCUUCGACCUCUCUGACUCUAGCUCCCAUCCGUGUGGGGACCACUCGCCAAGGGCGAGGACGCCUUCGCGCCUGUCGAGGAGGCCGCGUGCUGCACAGGUGCGUAGUCAGAUUAGU